AUGCCAGCACCGCCAUCGCCGUUUCAUGUCUUGCGGCAUCAUCAGUCCCCCUUGCAUCACCUUGCCUUUUCUCAUUCGAACGACCUGCUGUACUCGGGCGACGAAGAUGGAAAUAUCGCCAUUACCGACUUGAAACUCAAGAGGGUCAUCUCUUCAUGGAAAGCACACGGAGAAGGAGUUCUUGGCGUCGGUGAAUGGGAUGGAGGACUUGUUAGUCAAGGCCGUGACAAUGUGAUACACUUUCACUCGCCCUUGGAGACCGGGUCGACAUCAGCAUCGGCCUCAUCAUCCACCUCUCCUCCGGCGGAACCGUCACAACCGGAACCGUCAACAAGCUCCAAGCCCACAGUCACUACCGUCUCUGCCAUCCCGACCAUCACUCCUCUUCUACCUCCUCCAAGAAUGCUAGAUUCCCUACCUACCAACUCUCUGAACUUUUGCAAAUUUGCGUUGGUGGAGAUCCCGGAAGAGCUCGGUUUGACGGGGGAGAAGAUGAAGACGAUGAGCAGGAAGAGACGUAGACCGGACGGAUGUCCCGGAUUAGGGAGCGGGAGACAGGGCCUAUUGGCCGUUCCGAACUUGAUGGACUCGGAUUCGGUCGACAUCUACCACCUCCCAACCCUUACCCGUCUUCAUGCAGCCUUCACGCACGACCCGAUCCCCACCAUCUCUACCCCAGGAACCGAAGGGCAGAACCGCAAUGCUUUGAUCAUGGGCAUCCAUCUAUACUUUCACCAAGAUAAAUUGCGUACGGUACUGGCCUUCGAGGACGGACGGGUAGAAGUCUGGGAAUGUGACCAGUGGGACCUGGAGACCGAUAUCAGGCUACAGAAGGGAAAGGAGGGGGUGUGGCGAUGUCUAUGGAGGGAAAAGGGACACAACGAGGCCAUCAUGGCAAUGAGUGUCUCGCCAAAGUUGGAUUUUGCGUUUACGGUUUCUGCGGAUCACCAGCUUGUUCGCUACAACCUUGAAAAUGAUCAAGGCGAUGUUACCACACGCAUGAAAAAGCAUGCAACAAAGCAGAUCGGGAAUGCUGAUGUCAAGGUCGACUCUACCGGAAAGAUCGUCGCUGUAGCCGGAUGGGACGGGAGUAUACGCCUGUUCUCGGUCAAGUCUUUCAAAUCGCUAGGAACGCUGGCUUAUCAUCGAGACAUGUGCAAUACGCUCGUAUUUCCCUUCAACGAGACUGGAGACCGGCGUGAAGGGGAAGAAGACAGCGAAGACGAAGAGUACGGGACGAGUUCGGUUGGGAGAGCGAGGAAGAAAACUGAGGGGUGGUUGGUCAGCGGUGGAAAGGAUAGGAGGAUCGCGAUUUGGCAGCUCAAAGACUUUACUAGGCGAUGA